UUUGUCUAAAAACCGGAUCAAUUUUAUGUUUUCUUCCUCGCUCUCCGCGCCGUGUUCUGUCUCUCUCGAAAUCAAUCUUCGUCUAGGAUCUUUUCUUCCCCCCAAGCAAAGCUUCUACCAUCUUCCUCGUGUUUCUAAAAGACACUUACCAGAAAGCAAUGGCGAGCUUGAGAGAAGCGCCGAACGAGCAAGCUAUUCUGAACGUCUACGAGUCCAUGAGGUCAGAGCUGAGCCAAAUCUAUUCCAACAUAACCGACCUCGAGAUGCAAGUCAGCGAACACUCUCUCGUCAUCAACGCCAUCCAGCCUCUCGACCAGACCAGAAAAUGCUUCCGAAUGAUCGGAGGCGUUCUGGUGGAGAGAACCGUCAAAGAGGUGCUCCCGGCUGUCAACCGCAACAAGGAAGGGCUCGGAGAGGUCGUCAAGAAGCUGUACGAGACGUUGGUGGAGAAGAAGAAUGAUAUGACCGAGUUCGAAGCUAAGUAUAAGAUCAGGCUAAGGAAACAGGACGAUUCCAAUGAAGAAGGUAAUAACAAAAAGGAAGGUAAUGCUCAAGGUGUUCUUGUUGGAGCUGCUGCUAGUACGAUCCAGUAAACACUUCUUCUUCUUCUAUCGUUUUUUUAUUUGCUUCUUUCUUGCUGGUGAGUGGUGACGUUGUUACAAAAUAUUUAUUUAUUAGAUCAGUUUGUUGUUA